AUGGCGAUUACUCCGUUGGCGCAUCUUAACGAGUUAACAAUUUCAUCCUCGUCUUCUUCAUUUCUUACGAAAUCAAUCUCCCGGAGUACUACAGUCACUGAAUUUGGCGGCGGCUUCCCAAAACGAAGAAACUGUUCAAAGUCCAAAUCUUUACGGUUGAGAUGCUCCUUCUCUCCGUUGGAGACUGCCAAGAUCAAGGUGGUCGGUGUCGGCGGUGGCGGUAACAACGCCGUCAAUCGCAUGAUCUCCAGCGGUUUACAGAGCAUUGAUUUCUAUGCGAUAAACACAGACUCUCAAGCUCUCUUACAGUCCUCUGCGCAAAACCCACUUCAAAUUGGAGAGCUUUUAACACGUGGCCUUGGUACUGGUGGGAACCCGCUUUUAGGAGAACAAGCUGCAGAAGAAUCUAAAGAUGCUAUUGCUAAUGCUCUUAAAGGAUCUGAUCUUGUUUUCGUUACUGCUGGUAUGGGUGGUGGCACUGGCUCUGGUGCUGCUCCUGUUGUUGCUCAGAUUUCUAAAGAUGCUGGUUAUUUGACUGUUGGUGUUGUUACUUAUCCUUUUAGCUUCGAAGGUCGUAAAAGAUCUUUGCAGGCGUUGGAAGCCAUUGAGAAGCUGCAGAAGAAUGUGGAUACGCUUAUUGUGAUUCCAAAUGAUCGCCUGUUAGAUAUUGCUGAUGAGCAGACACCUCUUCAGGACGCUUUUCUUUUAGCAGAUGAUGUGUUACGUCAGGGAGUUCAAGGGAUCUCGGAUAUUAUUACUAUACCUGGGCUGGUCAAUGUUGAUUUUGCGGAUGUGAAGGCGGUUAUGAAAGAUUCUGGAACUGCAAUGCUUGGGGUAGGUGUUUCUUCCGGCAAGAACCGAGCACAAGAAGCAGCUGAGCAAGCCACUUUGGCUCCAUUGAUUGGAUCAUCCAUACAAUCAGCUACUGGUGUUGUUUACAACAUUACCGGUGGAAAAGAUAUUACUUUGCAGGAAGUGAACCGAGUAUCUCAGGUGGUGACAAGUUUGGCAGACCCAUCAGCCAACAUCAUAUUUGGAGCUGUUGUGGAUGAUCGCUACACGGGAGAGAUUCACGUAACGAUAAUCGCCACGGGCUUCUCACAGUCUUUCCAGAAGACUCUUCUCACUGAUCCAAGAGCAGCUGCACUACUCGACAAAAUGGGAUCAACAGGUCAACAAGAAAACAAAGGAAUGUCUCUGCCUCACCAGAGGCAGUCUCCUGCAACUAUCAACACCAAACCAUCUUCUCCCCGUAGACUUUUCUUCUAGUACUUUUUUCGUUUUUUUUUAAGCACAUUCCUUUAUCAAAAAAUGUAACGAUCUUCAGGCUCAAAUAUCAGUACUGUUGAUUUUGCUUCAAAUUAUUGUCUCAAAAUCAAAACUAAUAUAUCAGUGUCAUAUUAUGCUAACCCAAACGUCAUUUGAUAAACCAAUUUUCAGACAUUCUAGCUGGGUA